GAAAACCAUUGGAACCAAAACAAGGUUUUUACAGUGUACAGCCGCUUCCAUGAGUUAAAUAUAUUUUAUUACAGUAGGAGAGGCAUGUACUAAUUUUGCGGUUUGCAUUUUCAUUGAAUAACCUACAAUUAAAACAACAAAAGCAUGGCUUCUUCGGCUAAAAAGAGGGCGGUAGGUCUGGGGGAAAACCCUCGGGAAAGUGAUGACAGCUCUGAAGAGAGUUUAGGUGAAGACGAGGAUUCCACCGGGGAGGACAGCGAAGUCUCCGAAGAGAUUAAUGAGGAAGUUACGGUGGACUUUGAAGCACACGCCGUUUCGCACAAUGACUACAAUGGAAUCAAGAAACUUUUACAACAGCUGUUUCUGAAGGCUCACAUCAACACAUCCGAGAUGACUGACAUGAUCAUUCAGCAGAACCAUGUGGGAAGUGUUAUCAAGCAAGCAGAAGUGCCCGAAGAUAGCGAUGACGACGAUCCAGAUGAAGUUUUCGGCUUCAUAACCAUGCUCAACCUCACAGAGCGAAAGGAUGUGCAGUGCGUGGAGCAGGUGAAAGAGCUGAUCCUAGACCAGUGCGAAAAGAGCUUGGGAAGCGUCGCUUCCGAGCAGCUGGAGCAGACGCUCGGCGACACAGCCAAGCCUGUUGGCCUCCUGCUGAGCGAGCGUUUUGUCAACGUACCGCCACAGAUUGCUUUGCCGCUACACAAGCAGCUACAGGAAGAAAUUUCAGAAGCCGAGCGGACCAACACGCCCAGCGGGAAGUGCCACUACUACCUGAUGAUCAGCAAAACGUGCAAAGAAGCCGGCAAAAGCAUUCCGGCCAGAGGCUCUGCCCCUAAAGACGAAUACAUGUUCAUCAACGCCGAAGAGGAGUUCUUUUACGAGCACGCCGUCACCAAGUUCCACUUCUCGGUGCAGGAGGAUGCCGACUCGUGCCUGAGUGGGCGCUGGUCCUUCGACGACGUUCCAAUGAAGCCGUUCCGUACAGUCAUGUUGAUCCCAGUGGACCAGACGCCCGCUAUCAUGGACAAACUGAAAGAAUAUCUAACUGUGUGAAGGUCUUGUAGCCGAAUAAACGGCACAAGGAAUUUUAUCAUGGAAAAGACAUUAUUGUAUAAGAUUUCAUUAAAAUAGUUUUUUAAAUUA